AUGCAGCUUUGGCACCUCGCUACGGCUGUUGCCCUGCUGGCAGAGUCGUUCGUCGCGGCUGAUCUCGCCUACUGUGCCACGGAUAACACUGGUUCUGACUACUCAGCUGUGACCAAUACCUACCAAUCCAACGGAGCUUGCCAGAAAACUUGCGCUAAGUACGCUCUCGGUGUCCUCCAGGGCAAGAAGUGUUGGUGCACGAACGUGGUGCCGUCGAAGUCUUCGCAAAAGGCCACCUCCAAGUGUGACACUUCAUGCCCAGGCUACCCCGAUGAUAGUUGUGGUAGUGCUGCCGAUGGUGUCUUCGCCUAUGUCUCUGUCUCUGGAAACAGCCCGACCAGCACCGAGGGUGGCAGCUCGGGAACAACUACGACAAACACAUCCGGCACCACGACCUCGGGCAGUGUCGUCAAGGAGACGACGUCGGGCGGCGAGGUCAAGACCAUCACCGUUGCCGGAUCGAGUGCCACGUCCGGUGCCGACACCUCGAAGGCCACCGCCGACGAGAAGUCUGGUCUGAGUGGUGGCUCCAUUGCCGGAGUAGUCAUUGGUGUUCUGGGAGGAUUGGCCCUGAUCGGAGGUCUCAUCUUCCUGAUCUUCUUCUACCGUCGCCGGGCCCGCUCCGCUAGCCCUAUUCCGAGCAAUGCAGACAUGACUGACAACCGAACGAGCCAAGGCUCAAGCUUCGUCAGGGGUGUCUUCACCCAGGGUAGCGACACCGGAAACGGUCUCGGACGCCAGAACACCUAUACCGACAACCGCAUGAAGAACGUGUACCCAAAUGGGCCUCGGGACAGCAGCGUUUCCCUGCAAGACAACGAGGACUACUCACGUCCUGUGCUCCGGCUCACAAAUCCCGACUAA